GUAUCUGCAUAGUGAACGUUUAUUGUGACAUUUAUAACAGGAAAUCGCCUACGUCACUCGUUGUAAGUGUCGCGAGCCUUACUCCAGGCUUCUUCAUUAUGGUAGUCAUCCCAACAAGCGGCUCGUGAAGCAGGAAUCCAGACAGGAUUAUCAGCGGCAGACACCGCCGACCUCCCGAGCGAUAUUUCUGGCUUCAGUUCACCUCCAACUCCGCGACGUUUCCAUCCAGGCCGACGUGAGAGGAGAGGGACACAUACAUACAUGGCAGCUGUCACCUCGGCCCUCCCGCCUUCCCCCGGUACCGUGCAGUAGUAACGCCGCAGCAUCACCCCAGCUUCCGAAAACGUUCAGGGGGCCGCUGGAAUUCUUACAAUCGCUUUGGCACAGCGACACAGAGAUUUGGAGUGACUUAACUUUUCAGAAGCUGACUUUUACUUCUCUCCUGUGAGAGGUCAGAGGACAGCGUGAACCACUAAGAAGCACAUCUGGAGCUGGUGGGGAGUCUUGGAGCUUGGAUGAAUGAACCUGCAUGGCAGCUAUGGUUGACCCUAUACUUCUCCAUCACCUCAAAUGAGUUGAAUGAGAGGACGUUACUAAAGUAGAAAUAUAGAUAAUAUUUUGUAUUUCAAAUUUGUGUACUCACCUGAGGUCUGCAACCUUCAUCAGGGUGGAACCUGGGAAGCGGUUGCAAUCAGAGUUGCAGCAUUGUGUAAAACAGAUAUAUUAGGUCAUUCAUUUGAUCAUGAUGGUGGGAGCCACUAUCACCUUGUACCUCAGGACUCCUGCAGUCUAACAGACAUUGUGGUUCCCCUUUGGGAAAGAACAGAGCAACUGGAGCGUGGUGGUCCACCAGCACCAUGGACUACCACGCCGAGUGCUGUUUCUGUGAUCCUGAGGAGGGGCACGGCGGCCCAGACGAGCCGCCGCUCCACAGCAUUCAUGCACCCAACCGGAUCCGCCCGUCCUCGUACCGAGCCCUGAGGAGCGCCGUGUCCAGCCUGGCCCGCAUUGAUGACUUCUUCUGUGAGAAGAUUGGUUCAGGCUUCUUCUCUGAGGUCUUCAAGGUGCAGCAUCGGAUCACAGGGCAGGUGAUGGCACUGAAAAUGAACACGCUGGCGAGCAACAAAGCUAACAUGCUACGAGAAGUUCAGCUCAUGAACAGACUUUGCCACCCAAAUAUACUCAGGUUUCUUGGGGUUUGUGUGCAUGAGGGUCAACUCCAUGCUCUGACUGAGUAUAUAAACGGAGGCAACCUGGAGCAGCUGCUGGACAGUGAUCUGUACCUGUCGUGGGGUGUCAGGAUUGAUCUGUCUCUGGAUAUUGCUAGAGGGCUGCAGUACCUGCACAGCAAGGGCAUAUUCCACAGAGACCUCACCUCCAAGAACUGUCUAGUUCGCUGUGAUAAUGGCAUGUUCACUGCUGUGGUGGGAGACUUCGGCUUGGCAGAGAAGAUCCCUGAUUACAGUGAUGGUGUGGAGAAGCAGCCUCUGGCCAUCGUGGGCUCUCCCUAUUGGAUGGCCCCUGAGGUUCUGAGAGGAGAGCUGUAUGAUGAGAAGGUGGAUGUGUUUGCGUACGGCAUCAUCCUGUGUGAAAUCAUUGCACGGAUUGAAGCUGAUCCGGAUUUCUUACCCAGGACAGAGGACUUUGGUCUGGACGUGGAGACAUUUGAGAACAUGGUUGGCGAUUGUCCACCAGCAUUCUUAAGCCUUGCAGUCACCUGCUGUAAUAUGAGUGCAGAGAGACGUCCCUCGUUCGCUGACAUUGUCUCCACGCUGGAGGGCAUGGAGAGAGGAGAGGAAGAGAAGCCCAUUGCACUUGAGCCUGUGGUGAUAGAUGUCAGUCCGUACCGGCGCCGCAGCUCUCCUUGUCACCCCGGUGACCGCAGUCAGCUGCGGCAGGGCUUGGCGAGGAGCCAGUCAGACAUGUUACCCCCGGCGACUCUGACCCCUCCUCUGCUCGGGACCCCUGCGCGGGUCAACCCAUUCUCACUCAGACAGGACCUGAACGGAGGGCGCUGCAAACUUUUAGACACACCCAGCAAGUCUGUCAUCUCCCUGACCUUCACCCUCCCGGCACUUCGUGACCCGUGUGUCUCCCCCCACCUUCUCAGAGGGACACCGGGGAUGCGAGCACCACCGAGGAGAUGCCAGUCACUCCCCUGUACCCCAGAGCUCAGCCGGACUGUAGCUUUGCCAAGAGACACAGAUGGGACAGAGGAGGAGAAGGAUGAUGACGACAGAGUGGCAGCGGUUAAAGGAGGGAUGGGGGAGGAUGCGGAGGAUAACUUGAGGAAGAGGACAGGGGCAUCAGAGAGGGUGGAGGAAAGGUUGAAGGUAGAGAACAUGGGGAUGACUGAGAAGAGAGAGUUGUUAAAGGAGGAGGAGGGGACGGGAGAUGAUUCAGGUCAUCCUGUUGAGCUGGAGAUGGUGUCUCUGGAGCGGUUAGAGGAGGAGGAGGAGGAGGAAGAGGAGAGCGUAUGUUUAACAGAACCCAUGGACUGUACCAAGUCUCCAGAGCCAGCAGAGGGAAUCCUUGACUCCACACCUGGACGACCCCUGCUCACCUCCACCUCCUCCUCCUUACAGACCAAUGGCUGGCGACUUCCCAUCUCCAACGGACCGCCCUCCUAUCCACCUCUGCCACGACUGGACAACAACAAUAGCUCAGCCCUUGUGAUUGGCCAGCCGGUGCAGUGGGGUGGAGGGGGGAGGGCUAAUGGUUACAGCAGUGCCCAGAUCCUCUCCUCUGACCCUACCGGCCCCUCUGAGCAGGAUGAGGUCAUUUCUUGUCCGGGAUGCUGUCUGGUGGGUCUCAGUUUCCCCUCUGUGUGCCUCCGUGGUUCUGCUGCCGUACCUGCCCCCCGCCGUAGGGCUUCAUUACCACGGCAGCGGCCCUACCGGAACCUCAAUGGUACCAUAACUGGUGGCAGCUCUUCCUCAUCAGCAACAGCUGCCACAGCAACCAAAGCUCUACUGUGUCGCAGCACAAAUGGACUAGUAGUGGCUGGACCGUCUCUGCCAUGUGAGCCUGGUCGGUCCCUACCAGAGGCCCAGACAUAGGCCUGGCUCCAAGGGGAUUUUGUCCAAGGGGACAAAUAGAACAUUACUAAAUGUUGCUAUGAGAUGUGUUGUUAAAUCUGUGCAGUCACAGCAAACACAACAAAUCACUGUGACGGUGAAGAACGAGGUGGUGUAGUAGUGAGAGGGGGGUAAGGCAAAGAAGAAUACAGCCGAACUAGAGCAGACAAAGUAAGCUGAGCACAACUAAAGUCAGGACACAUCACUGCCACUGGAAUGGUGCUGAUUCAAAUAGAGCAGCUAGUCUAACUCCCAGUGAUGCACGCCCCAUCUCUACUGAACCAAAUCACACUGAACUCAUCUACACUCAACUGUGCUGGCUUCAGUUCUAGAGGCUGUAAUGGAAAGAGUGUGUGGCUGAUUUAACACUUUUAAGAACAGAUUGAGUCAAAGGAUACUUCCAAUUUAUUACUUGGGUCUUAUUUUUGUGGUUUUGCUGUCAUUCUUAUCAAAUAAUAACAUUGUAUUCACCAAGUUCACACUUAAUAUGCAGAGAAAACAAAAGCGAAGGGUUUAAUUAUUGUUAUUAACAUUAAUUACAGUUAACAGACUGUUUUUCUGUUUAAUGAAUUCUGUUUUAUUAUUACCAACAUUUUGGGUGUGAUCACUUUCAGGGUUUUUGGAAAUAAAGUGUCCUGACUGCUUUUGUUCAGUCUUCAUUGUAUUCCCAGAUCUCAGUGAUGAACAGUGUUGUCAUUACUGAUAGGAAUUACAGCCAAAACAACAAAACUAAGACCCAGGUUUAGGUGAACUGGAAUUAUUCUUUUAUCUGUUCAGUAGUUUUUGGUAACAGUGAUGAGGGAAGAAUAUUUUGUAAUUCCUUGUCCCUCCCUUUAUGGAGCAAGUUUGGGAAAAAUUAAAAAAAAACUUUUGCUUUGCAUGGCAGUGUCACUCUGAAGACCCACCACUGAUGGAAACACUGCUGCACUGUAAAGGCUGUAAAAGUUCUACAGCAAGAGAAAAGCAAAUAGCAGAUGGAAUGGAGUUUACCUCAGAUACAUAACCAUGUGUGGAAACACUGCUUUUCAUUCUAUUUAAUUGAUUAACAGUAGUUACAGGGGGAAUAUUUAUAAAAUGAAUAAAGACGAUUUACUUCCCACAUUUUUUAUAGCAGUUGACCUGUGUGUGUGUGUGUGUGUGUGUGUGUGAGAGAGAGAGAGAGAGAGAGAGUGUGAGAGAGAGAGAUAGGCUGACAUCUGACGCACUGGAGGAUUUAAAAGAAGAAACUUGUCAUGUAGAUUCUUUAUUUUUGCACUUCAGUUUGGAGCACUUUGCAGUAAAACACCAGGCUUUUACUAGAUGGUGCUUUAUUUAAAUCUGUGCUACUGGUGUUUUAUGUGUGUGUGUGUGUGUGUGUGUGUGUGUGUGCGCGCUUCUGGCCUGACAAACUACCCACCUUUUAUCUUUUAACAUCCACUCCCCCUCACAUGUAUCUUGCGCGUGUGUGUGUGUGUGUGUGGUUGUGCAUUUUGAUUACACUGUUGUUACUUAAAAAGUGGCAUGUGAAGAAGGUAUGAAUAUUUAUUGUACAGAUCAUUCCACACCAUGUGUGUUUGUGAUUUUUGAGCGAAAGGAAGAGUGAUGGAUGCUCGCAGGAUCAUUUUCAUCAUUUCUGAUGUUAAACCAUGGUUAUUCUUUCAUUUCCAGGUUCUGUUCUUCUAUACAGCUAGAAACCUGCGUGCAAUAAUCUGGUAAUAAACAAAUAUGGUUGUGCAUAAUUCUCUGCUGUUUUUUUUUCUUUUUUAAACAUUUACUAAAGUGUAGAGCACUGACUGGGAUGUUCUUUUAUCAAAAACUAACAUAAUAAAACUGAGAGACAGGAACAUUUGUUUGUUGGGAAUAUCACAAGAAAAAAAAGACUAAUUACUUGUAUAGAGUAAAGCCCCAAUCACGCCAAUAAAUGAUUUGUGAAAAUGUCAAUUAAAUUGUUAUUAGUGAUCAAUAAGGUAAGACAAUUGAAGUAACUACUUUUUUUUAAAUUCUGAAAUGAUGUAAAAAUACUGUGACUAUGCAGCCCCAAAAAGUUCAAUGUUAAACAAAAACAGUGUGAAAGACAUCAUAUAAAUAAGUAACUAAAUGAACAAAUUGUAAAGUCAUUAAUUAAGAAUAAUUGGAACUGAUUGUUAUGAAAUAUUCUUUUACCAUUCUGGUUCUGGUUUUAUUGGAGUUCAUUUUUAUGUCAUUCUACAAGCUUUAUUCCAAAAGUCUUUUUUUUGUUUUUGUUUUUUUUAAUUAUGACAUUUCUCUC